GGCGGGGGAAACCCGCGGCCGGGGGCAGCGCGGGGCUUCCCCGCGGGGCGGCGGCCGGGCCCGCCUGUGCCCCCCGGCGCUCGGGGAGCGGCGGCACCCAGCGCUCCCCCUCCGCCCCGGCCCGGAAACUUCUCUGUUCUUUGGCCUCCUGCAGCUCUUUCUUAUCUGGCGCCUCCGCCGAUAACCUGCGCGCCCGAGGCAGGCGGGGAGGGCGCGGGGCGCUUUCCCGGUGACAGCUGGCACCGGCCCUCGGCUGCUGCCCGGCUUUGCGGGGCGCCGUCCCUCUCUCCGGAGGCCGGGGCAGGGCUCGGGGCCGGCGUGGCGCUUCCUUCUGCCCGGGCUGCUGCAGCACCUACGAAUCCUGGGGGGACUCGGCGGUGUUAGCGGCGUAGCAGAGCGCUUCCCUGCGUGCCCCGCGGAGGCUUCGGAGGCCGGCGUGCGUCCCUGCUGCUGGAAGGAGGAGAGCGGAGGAGCCUCCUUGCUGUUGCUCGGGCUCUUGAUCAGUGCGGAGAUCCUGUAAGUGAAAGAAGAUGGGGUCUGGCUGCUUAAAAGUCACCAAAUACUUCCUUUUUCUCUUCAAUCUCCUGUUCCUUAUCCUAGGUGCUGUGAUCCUUGGCUUUGGAAUAUGGAUUCUGGCCGACAAAACCAGUUUCAUUGCAGUUCUACAGACCUCAUCUCCCUCCUUGAAGACUGGCGCAUACAUCCUAAUUGGUGUUGGGGCUGUCACCAUGCUGAUGGGGCUCUUGGGCUGUCUUGGAGCAGUCAAUGAAAUCCGAUGUCUCUUGGGUCUGUAUUUCACCUGCCUGCUGGUGAUCCUCAUAACUCAGGUGGCUGCUGGACUGAUCAUCUACUUCCAGAAAGAAAAAUUGAAAGAAGAGUUGUCCGUCAUAGUUAGAGGGCUGAUUGAAACUUAUGACCCUUCGAAUGAGGAGGAGAACAACUUACAGGAUGCAUGGGACUAUGUGCAGAGACAGAUUGCCUGCUGUGGCUGGGAUGGAGCAAAGGACUGGGAAAACAAUGCAGUUCUCAUCAACAGAAGCAUGACCAUUUAUCCUUGCUCCUGCUCCAAUAGUUCCAAGGACUCCAUGACAGAUAGCGGUUUCUGUGAUCAAGGUAUCCCUUCUAACAGCACUGCAAAAUCUGAUGACUGGCCUGUUCAUCAGCAGGGAUGUGUGGAUGGUGUCCAGAAGUGGUUGAAGAACAACCUUGGUAUCAUUCUUGGGGUCUGCACAGGUGUUGCUGUUAUAGAGUUGCUGGGGAUGAUGCUAUCCAUUGCACUCUGCAAGAACAUACACAGUGAAGACUACACCAAAGUGCCCAAGUCUUGAGUCUGCUGACCCCAGAGCUAUGGCACUGCAGAGGAAGGAGCAAACAGAACAUUCCUGCUUCAUAUCCAGACUGUCCAACCAUUGACCAUUAUUGCUGUGACAUCCCAUUUCUGAUACCACUCUGCUAAGAACCAUUAGAGCUGCAAUACAGCCUGAUCUUCUGGCAAUAGGACCCUUGGGCCACUUGCAUCCUGCCACUGGUUUAUUUCUACUUCAAGAAGCAGAACUUAAGUCUCUUAUAUCACAUGAGACUGAUUAAUCUGAGGGGACAAUGCUUUUACUACCUACUCCGUGUUGUAUAAUCCUAUUCAUAUCUCCAUUCUUCUACAAUUCACCAGGCCUAGCAUAGAGUAAUUCUCUUCCUCCCUCCCAUUUCCUUUCCCCCCAGAAAGAAAAAUUAUUUUUUUGUUCCAUGAGCCAGAAUUCCUGUUGAGAUUCCAGUGGUUUCGUAACUUUCGCUACUUCACUGACUUGUGGUGAUAGCUAGCCAUGCUUCAUAGGCAUUCUUCCUCCCUUGCAGUUAACCCUAUGAUGCAUCUUUCAGCUUGCGUUCAUCUGAAAUAUUGAUCACUACCCUCGUACUCACUUCUCCUGCUUCUGGAGUGAGCCAAGCCUUGCCUUCAGCAGAGUUCUUCCUGUGUUGUGUGAUGAGAAGCCACCGGGAAGGAGUCAGGUCUACCUAUUUCAAGUGUUGCCUGGCAGAUUGUGGUGGUGUUGCUCAGCUGCUCUCGGAACGGGUCCCAUGAGUUCUGGAGUUGACACAUUUCUCCUAUUUGCCUUUCUUCCCUUUCCUCUCAGCCUAGCAGUGCUUUGCUGGCUCCUGUCAACUUGGAGGCACUUUGACCACUGCAUAGUGUGCGCUCAGCCCCAGGCUGGCUCUGCUAGUUGCAUUCUUGGGUUGCCAACUUCUACAGAGAUUGAUUUUUAAUUUGAUUCUCCCCCUGCUCCCAUUAUUAAUAUAAGGUUUGUUAGUUGUGGCUUUUAAUUAUGAAUGUGGAGGGAUAUCUGACUGGAUUGCAGACUCUGUAUCUUGGAAUUCUCUACUACCAGUGCCCAGGUUUGGGCUAUGUAGUUUGGAUGUAAGGAUAAGUUGCUUUUAGUUGUCUAGUCUGUUGACUCCACUGUGGUGUGGAUCUGUGGCUGUUGGUUGCUGCAUCCUGAGCUCUGUCUUGAGGGAAAGCACUGCAGCAGAUAAAUAGCUGGUUUCUGCACUGAUGCAGGCAGGGCAGUUUCUCUAUGUAAUGGCAGGACUGUUGGCUCCAUUCAACCAAUGGCUGGACGCAAGGACUGAUCUAGAGCACAAGAAAGAAAUGCAGGUGAAAAACUUCCCCAACUUUGUUGAUAAAGGAGCUGGGUGCAAAUCCUCAGUCAGUCUUAGAGGUGGCUUGGGUAGAGUAGAUUUCCUGCAAUUGCACAUGCAUGUCUUCACCCUGACAGCGGGAAGUGAUGUGGGAGAGAAGUGGAUGCUUCUUGUCAGAGACCUGAACUUGAAUACAAGGUACUUUGGUGAGAGAGCCUUUUCCUUUUCCUUACAGGUGUGGUCGACAGACUGUCAAGAGUCCUGUCUCUUGUCAGGAGUAGGGUUGGUAGGAAUGAGCAGUUUAAAGGAAUGGUUUCACUAUCUACUCUCUUUUCCUUCUGACAAGAAAGAAGUGGUGAAGGUCUGUUCUAGGGGAUCAGAGUCCCAGCAGUGAGGCCCUGCUCUGUCCUCAUCUCUGGAUAUGUUGACUGAGGAGAGGGGCUAUAACUGGGCAACUGACUUCAUGGACAUUUGAUAAGGCUUUGCUAUUUUGAGACCACUGUCCCUUCUCACACAGAUCCUUCCAAACUGACCUUUGCUAUAGCAGAAGGCACCCUUAGCAGUAAAGCUUGCUAGCUUUUGUAGUACAAAGUCUAUUCAGUAAUGUGUUCUUAUUUGUAAGGUUCAUGUUCAGUUACAGAUGCCAAGGCUCAGCAGCAAGUAAAGAAGAACCUGUGCUGCGUUUCCUCCUUCUGUUUUUGUCUGUUUUUAGCAACAUCUUCCCAGUGGAAGAAAUGCAUGUACAGAUCUAAAAGCCUAGAUGGUGAAUAUUUCUGUAAUAAAGACUUUGCUAAAAAAAAAAAAAAAAGUCUGCCUAAGACUUGUGCAUUUUACUGGUUUUCCCCCUACCUUCUCACUGCCUCUUCUGCUUUACAUGCAAACCACUGACACCCUAUUUAUUCAAGGCAGCAAAUGAUUUGUCAGAAAGCAGCAAAUAUAUGCCAGUAUGCUCUGAGGUCUUCAAAUGGUAUUUUGAGGCCUGCUUGUGAGGUUAAUGUGAACUAUGAAGUUAUCACCUAUCAAAGGUAAUGACAAUUUUACUAGGCUGUAUUUGGUAUACAAUUUGCCUUGUUUUGUGAAGCUGAGCUCUCUUAGGUGAGCUAAGUGGUAGGCAGGUAAUUCAAAUGAACUAUCAUCUCCCAGGCUGAGCAAACUCCAUGUCUGAAGAUGUCGCUUCAAAUUCUGUAUGGUCUGUAUUGUUACAGAGUUAGUCC